AGGGCGCAGCGGCUGACGGCGGGGGAGGAGCCGGGUCCACUGCCGGGUGGAGGGGCAAGGCGAGUGUCCUUAUCCUACCGACCGGGGCCCGGGCCUGGGAGCCAGCUGGAGUCGCGGCAGCGUGGGCGAUCGGGCCGAGCGGAGGCAGACAUGUUGCUCUUCGUUGAGCAGGUGACAUCUAAGGGCACUGGCUUAAAUCCUAAUGCCAAAGUAUGGCAAGAAAUUCCUUCUGGAAAUCCGGAUGGCACUCCUGUGACUGAAAGUUCUUGGCAUGAAACUGCAGCUACAUCUGGGUCUCACCCUGACAGUAAUACAGAACUUUCAGAAGAUAUGUGUAAGGAAUAUGAAAUAAUGUAUUCUCCAUCUUGUGAAACCACAAGAAAUACUACAGACAUUGAAGAGUCAGCUGAUGGGAUGAUCUUAGGACCCGAAGAUCUGAGUUACCAACUAUACGACGUUUCUGGAGAAAGCAGUUCAACAAUCUCUACAGAAGAUUUAAAAGAAUGUCUGAAAAAACAAUUAGAGUUCUGUUUCUCACGAGAAAAUUUAUCAAAGGAUCUUUACUUGAUCUCUCAAAUGGAUAGUGAUCAGUUUGUUCCAAUAUGGACAGUUGCCAACAUGGAAGAAAUAAAAAAAUUGACUACAGAUCUAGAUUUGAUUCUCGAAGUACUGAGAUCUUCUCCUAUGGUACAAGUUGAUGAGAAGGGAGAGAAGGUGAGACCAAGUCAUAAGCGUUGUAUCGUAAUUCUCAGAGAAAUUCCUGAGACAACACCAGUGGAGGAAGUGAAAGCUUUGUUUAAAAAUGAAAACUGCCCCAAAGUGAUAAGUUGUGAAUUUGCACACAACAGCAACUGGUAUAUCACCUUCCAGUCAGACACAGAUGCACAGCAGGCUUUUAAAUACUUAAGAGAAGAAGUAAAAACAUUUCAGGGCAAGCCAAUCAUGGCAAGGAUAAAAGCCAUCAAUACAUUUUUUGCUAAGAAUGGUUAUCGAUUAAUGGAUUCUAGUAUGUAUACCCAGCCCAUUCAGACUCCAGCCCAAUAUCCCUCGCCAGUUUUUAUGCAGCCAGUGUAUAACCCUCAUCAGCAGUACUCUGUGUACAGUAUUGUGCCUCAGUCUUGGUCUCCAAGUCCUGCACCUUACUUUGAAACGCCACUGGCUCCAUUUCCCAAUGGUAGUUUUGUGAAUGGCUUUAGUUCACCGGGAUCUUAUAAAGCAAAUGCUGCUGCUAUGAAUAUCAGCCGACCAUUCCAAAAAAAUCGUGUGAAACCCCAUUUUAGAUCAUCCAGCGGAUCUGAACACUCAACAGAGGGCUCUGUGUCAUUAGGGGAUGGAUCACUGAGCAGAUCUAGUUCAAGGAAUUUCCUCUCGGAACGGCAGAAUCCUACAGUAACAGGACAUCACGAGCACACUUACCUUCCAAAGGAGCCUCCCACUUUACAGCUGGAACAGAAUGGGGACUUGGGAAGAGGCAGGAGAACUCUUUUCAGAGGUCGAAGACGAAGAGAAGAUGACAGGAUCCCAAGACCCCAGCCUUCAGCAACUGAAAUAAAGGCCCCAACACCAAAGUUUGACUUACUAGCUUCAAGUUUUCCUCCUUUACCUGGAAGUUCAUCAAGAAUGCCAGAUGAACUCGCUUUGGAGAGUGCGGUGUCUGAUGUCGUGAAAGGCGUCCACAAAGAGAAGGACAGUGAGAACUUGAGAGUUAGUUGCCCGGUGCCUGCGGAGGACGGACAGACAGACUGCACUGCCCAGCACCUCAGCAUAAGUCCCAGUCCUCCGUGUACAUCUGAGCUUCCUGCACUAAGCACUGCUCAGCAGGAAAAGGAUCAGAUGGAGGAGUCCGUUGUUCCAAAGGAUGUUCUCAAUCCGAUGGCUGUACCAGUGUCUUCUCCAACUACUGCAAAGCCAUCAGGGGCAAGCCCGGCCUCACCUUGCGAUAGUAUCAUAAACACACCCACAGCUGUGGCCCUACAGGAACCUCGAAAGCUAAGUUACGCUGAAGUGUGCCAGAAGCCUCCUAAAGAGCCGGCUCCAGGCCUUGUACAGCCUCUGCGGGAACUUGGAUCCAGUGUCGUGUCCCCCACCAGAAACGAAGAGAACGGAGCCCCCGAGAAGCCUGAAGCAAGGGCGAGUAAGGACCACUCUGGCUUCCGAGGCAAUGCCAUUCCCAGGGGACCAGCUGGAAAAAUCAGGGAACAGAGACGCCAGUUUAGCCACAGGGCUGCACCUCAGGGAGUAACUCGACGUAAUGGGAAAGAGCAGUACGUGCCGCCCAGAUCACCAAAGUAGAAGCAGCCAUCACAGAAACUGCUCAGAAACUCCUCUCCUCCCACUACACCUGAGCCUGUGUUGAACUGUUUUGGUGGGUAGGAAGUAGCAAGGAAAGAGUGGGAAGUGUGUCCUUAAAUAUUAUGGAUUUUGGAAUUGUGAGCAGGAGGAGCCCAAAAUUCAUCUCUAAAUGAUUUUCAAAUGCUGGAGAUUCCAAUCAGUAUAAAUAUAUAUAUAUAUAUAUAUAUAAAUAUAUAUAUACACAUACACAUAUAUAUAAAUAUAAUUUUUCUAUUUUUGUUUUUGAUUUUCAUUUGCAGGGAUUUUCUGCUUGGAAUCAAUUUUGAGGGUUCAGAUUUAGCUUGGGAGAGAAAACAAACAUAAUACAUCCUUCAGUACAGGAGAUGAGGGAGCGAGAGAAAAUAUUUUUUGAAGAAACAUUUCUGUAAAAAUUAGAAAUUACUUUUUUUAAUCUAUUUAAAGUUUGGCUUGAAAAAUGCCAUCGCUGACUAAAUGGCCUUGUGUUGCUGGGUGUCUGUUCUGGGUAUGAGUGUGUGCAAAAGAGGUUUAAGCCAAAUCUGUUGUCAUGUUAGUAAAUGAUUUGAAAACUGUAAUACUUGAGUAGAUUUAUUUGUAGUUUGGAAUUUAGUUUGUUUUUUGAUAUUACUAAUACUGUAUUGUAUUGAACAAGCUGUUAAACUCUGAUUGUGUGUGAAGCUGUAACUUCCAAUCGGUGUAAUAUUCAAGGAAAGAAUGGAGAUU